AUGUCGGCCAAAAUGCAGCUCCUUAUCAGAUGUAAUGGGAGGAUUUUCCUGGCUAUUUGUUUAAUCCUCUUUGUGGGAUACACAGCACAAGGUGCUCCAAUGCAGAAGGCAAGGUACAAGAGAGUGAGGUGCCGACCCGAUGCCUGGUCUGCUAACUGCAUCGAAGAGAACGGGCCCUGGUUUUACAUGCCCACCGGUGGAGCCAACAGAAUCCUUCCUCCCAUGGCAGACCCGUCCCUGAUGAAGAGAUACCAGGAGCUGGGUGACAUAUUCCCGCUCUCGGAUGAGGGGUCCGGCUCCGGGUUCGACACUGUGCUGGAAGCAGAGCCAGCCUCCGGGUCAGGGCUUGGUGACACCAACGGCUUCUCUGAGGUGAAGCUGCCCGCCUUCUUCACGGGCCUGGGAGGAGGCGAGCUGCAGCAAAAGCUCACAGAGGAGGAUCUGCUCCUGUAG